AUGCCCGGCAAGACUCCUCACAACAGCGGCCGGAAGCCCGCCGAGAAUGGCGUAAGAAAUAACAAGGACGCCGACAAGGCAAAGGGCAAGAAGCCUGCCGCCAAGGAUGGUGACGAAGAGAUGACUGUUGUCGUUCCUCCCUCCAAGUCGACGAAGCAACAACAGUCUGGGGACGCUGAUGGAGAUGUUGAUAUGGCCGGCGACGACAAGGCUGAGGACAAGGUCGACCCCGCUGUCCAGGCCGUCGCAGAUAUCAAGAGCAACUUUGCUUUGUUGGAUCGAGCUGUCAUCCUCUUCGAUGCCCGAUUCUCCCUUCGCGCCUUGCGAUCAGUCUCCCUUAUCCGCAAGCGCCUGACCCCCGAUAUCAUCGCCCAAGCGAUCGUCGAGACCUUCCCGGCAACCCCUGCUUCCGAAAAUAUCGUCAAGAACUUACUUGCCGUCAUCGGCCGUGAAAAUGUCACCCUUGGAAGCAAGUCUGGCUCAGAGAUGGAGAUUGACAGCGAGACGAGCAAGCCCACUAAGAAUGGAGCGAAGAAGGAGAUCAAGGAGAUCAUUCCCGAAAUUGACAUCUUCCUUGGCAUUCUUAUCCAAGUCCACCUCUUUGACACAAAGCAGUACGAGGAGGGAGCAGACUUCUCCCAGUACCUCUCUGAGCGUAUCCAGACUCUCAACCGCCGCACAUUAGAUUCUCUCUCCGCCAAGGUGUAUUUCUACUACUCUCUAUUCUGCGAGCACAUGGCUCCUCUGCCUCCUUCUCCAGAGUCACCGGUGGUGGCUAUUCGACCUACUCUCCUCGCAGCUCUUCGAACCGCAGUCCUCCGCAAGGACAUCGACACACAGGCAUCGGUCAUUGUGCUGCUCCUACGCAACUACCUCCUGACCUCGCACAUUAGCCAAGCUGAUCUGCUUGUUUCGCACACCCAAUUCCCCGAAAAUGCAGUCAAUAACCAGGUAGCACGUUUCCUGUACUACCUCGGACGGAUCCGAGCCAUUCAGCUACGCUACACCGAGGCACAUGAACAUCUCACAGCUGCCACACGCAAGGCACCAUCCAGCAACUGCGCCUUGGGUUUCUCACAAACGGCCACCAAGCUUCUGCUUGUUGUCGAGCUUCUGAUGGGCGAUAUCCCCGACCGCUCAACAUUCCGCCAAGCCACCAUGGAGGAGGCUCUCCACCCGUACUUCUUGCUCGUUCAAGCCGUGCGAGUUGGUGAUCUGGAGACCUUUGAGACCACGAUUGCUGACCAUGCGGAUACCUUCCGAAAGGAUGGCACGUACACGCUGAUUCUGCGUCUCCGACAGAACGUGAUCAAGACUGGCAUUCGCAUGAUGUCUCUAUCCUACUCACGGAUUUCCCUCCGAGAUAUCUGCAUCCGUCUGCACCUAGGCAGCGAGGAGUCAGCAGAGUAUAUUGUUGCCAAGGCUAUUAGAGACGGUGUCAUCGAGGCUACUUUGGACCGCGAGAGAGGAUUUAUGAAGUCCAAAGAAGUGGGAGACGUUUAUGCUACGCGCGAGCCGGGUGAGGCCUUCCAUGACCGUAUCCGAGCCUGUCUGGCACUGCAUGACGAAAGUGUAAAGGCCAUGCGAUUCCCUAUGAAUCAACACCGCCUGGAACUCAAGAACGCCCAAGAAGCUCGCGAACGCGAAAGGGAGAUGGCCAAGGAGAUUCAGGAGGGCGAUUUAGACGAGGAUGACUUGGGUGGGGACUUUGACGGGAUGUAA